AUGAAUACACCUUCAUCUGGCAAGGGAAACCUGAAGGUUCUGCAAAGAGAAUACGGAGUCGGAUUUGCAAUCCGCAACUCAAUUAAGAAAUCAACUCUGCAGAAAGGUAGAGUUACAGAACGACUUAUUGCUCUUGAAAUCCAAACUAAAGCUGUAGCUAUCACACUCAUUUGUGCAUAUGCACCCACUCUUCUUGCAGAUCCUGAAGCCAAAGAUGAUUUCUACUCUGAACUUGAAGCAUUAGUUGAUUCAUUUCCACCUGACAGCCAUCUCAUCUUACUUGGAGAUUUCAAUGCAAGAAUAGGAAAAGAUCACAUCGCGUGGCCGUCUUGUCUCGGACAGUUUGGAAUUGGAAAAAUGAAUGAGAAUGGACAGCGUCUAUUGGAACUCUGUACAUUUAACCAUCUGUGCAUCACUAACACCUUCUUCCAGUCAAGCGUCUCACAUAAGGUAUCAUGGCGACAUCCUAGGUCUAAAGCCUUGCAUCAAAUUGAUCAUAUUAUUACCCAACGAAGUUUUCUUAACAACAUAAACAUUUCUUGUACAUACCAUAGUGCCAUUUGCGAUACUGACCAUUCUCUUGUAGGCUGUACUAUUAAGAUACAUAGCAAGCCAAAUUUCAUAAACUCUAAACCUCAACCGAAGAAUAAUCUUGAAAAUGUUAAAGUACCAGAGCAGGCUGCUUUGUUUCAACUUCUAUUGGAGAAAAAUAUAAAAGAACCAUCCUUAGAAACAUCUCCUGAAGAAUAUUGGCAAAACAUCAAAGAAACAACGCUUCGAUCAAAGCCUAUGGCAAAGCUGCAAAGAAGAACUCGGAAUGAUUUGAUGUUAACCAGAAGUGAUGUUCAGCGAACUGUUAGAGCCUGUGUAAAUGAGUACUGGGAAGAAUUGAGUACUACUAUUCAAAUUGAUGCAGAUACUGGGAACAUCAGAGGCAUGUAUGAAGGAAUCAGGAAAGCAUUUGGACUUACAGUUAGAAAAACUGCUCCAAUUAAAUAUAUCUCUGGUAAUUCCCUCACAAGUCGAGAAGACCAGCUCAAUAGAUGGGUUGAACAUUUCUCGAGCAUUUACUCUGUUGAAAAUCAGGUCUCUGAAACAGUUUUAGAAUGUGUCAGAAGCUUUCCUCCUAUGAACGAGCUUGAUGUUCCGCCCACAUUAGAAGAAUUAAAGAAAGCAAUCGAAAACUUACUUGUCCGCAAGGCUACAGGAGAGUAUGGUAUUUCUGGAGAAGUUAUUAAGAGUGGUGGUCAUAUACUAACAAACCACUUACACAUUAUUUUAUGUAUGUGCUGGGAAAAGAGCAUUAUUCCACAAGAUCUGAAGGAUGCUAACAUCAUAACGCUGUAUAAAAACAAAGGUGAUCGAGGUAACUGUGAUAACUACAGAGGCAUCUCUCUUUUAAGCAUUGUAGGAAAAGUUUUCGGAAGAGUUGUCUUUGAAAGGCUUCUAGUGCUCGCAGACAGAGUGUAUCCUGAGUCGCAGUGUGGUUUCCGCCCAAAAGGUUCCACAGUGGACAUGAUAUUUACACUUCGCUUGUUGCAGGAGAAAUGCAAGGAAAAACAACAACCUCUCUACUUGGUAUUUAUUGACCUGUCUAAAACGUUUGAUCUGGUGAGUCGUGAUGGUCUAUUCAAGAUCCUGUACCAUGUCGACUGCCUGCCAAAGCAGCAGAUCAUUAGGGCAUUCCACGAUGGGAUGCAAGCACAUGUUAUUUAUGAGGGUUCAAAAUCAAGACCAUUUGAUGCGAAGAGCGGCGUAAAGCAAGGGGAUGUUCCAGCUUCUACAUUAUUUGGAAUCUUCUUUGCCGUGGUCCUAAUGCAUGCAUUCGCCAACUACCAAUCUGGUAUCCAUCUGAAUGGCAGAAUGGAUGGCAAGCUCUUGAAUAGAUCUAGGCUGAAAGCUAUAACAAAGAUCAGAGAUUUCUUGCUGAGGGAACUGUUAUAUGCUGACGAUGCUUGCUUUUGUGAUCUACUUGACGAAGGGCUACAAAUUAUGAUGGAUGCUUUUUCCAACUCCUGCAAAGAGUUUAGUUUGUCAAUUAACCAACCUAAAACAAAGAUUCUAGUCCAAGGUGUGAACGAAGCUCCCAACAUCUUGUUGUAUAACACAUCCUUUGAAGUUUAA